UGCCAUCGUGCCAACAGGAAGUUGCGCCGCUGUAUAUAGUCUGACCGCAUAGAGGAAUAGACAUCCAAGCUAGCGAACUCUUGAGUGUGUCCUCUCAUAACCUCUGAAAUCGGGCAUUCUCGAGCUUCUGUAAUUUUCGCGACAACCAAUCGACUUCUACUAAUCGACGAAUAUUCGCCGGCCUUCUCCAGAUUUCGCGUGGUCGGUUGCACGUUCACGUGAGAUUUGCUCGAAAUUGGUUAUAUCCAUAAAGUGUGGGUCAUGCAGACCACUUGCAGAGUAAUGUAAUGAAUAGCUGUGGGAGCUCUAAUACUAGCACGAGGCUACGUUCCAAGUGUAUCGAGGCUCAAGACGAGUCUAUAAAUCAGGGAGGGGAAGCAGAGAAAGAGGACGGUAGAGUGAUAAGUAACUACGGUGUGAAUGACUUUAAUGUACCACGCAGCACAUUGGUCAUUUGUCAACGAAACUCUACCUACUCAGAUCACAGCUUCGGCAGGUUUAAACCAAGGCUCAGUGGCGUUCCAAGAAAUGAAUUCCGAAUGGCGCGCGGUAGCAGUUCUGCGGAUCGUGCCAGAGGUGGAACACGUGGGAGGGCCUUCAAUGAAAGGCAAAAGAAGAAUGAAUCAAACUCAGAGUCCAGCUAUCACUCUACAUCUAGACCCAAGUUUCAAGAAUCGUUGAAAAAUCAUGAGAAUUCACAGGGGAAAUACUAUGACGAUAAAAGAAUAAAUGAGGACUCGAGAAUUUCCAAGCUUUUGCGGCGGUUGUGCCGCGAGGAUAACUACGAUCACUUUAUGGUACUUUGCAAGCAAGUACAGGAGGGUAUUGUCGCGCCAGAAAAUCAGCGAUACAUACGACGGAACUUAGAAUCUAUUUGCGAUAAUCUGUUAGAUAUAUUGCACUCCAGUCCCGGCCAGGAAGCAAAGCAACAGGUUGCAAAAUGCUUGGGUCGAAUCGGAUACGUCGUGGAACAAGAUUUCAAAAGAUACAUGGAGUGGAUCUUCCAGAAAUAUUCAUUGGAACACAAAGAUGAUAUAAAAUGCCUUUUAAUGAAAGCAGUUAUUGAAACGCUCAUGAUGGAUUCCGAAACAUCCAAAUUAAAGGAAUUCUCCGUGCCGUUGAUGUCCCAAUUACAAUCAAUAUUAGAAAACGUCGAUAGAGCAGAUUUAUUAAUGGUGACAGUCGAUGCCAUAUUGCUGAUCAUAGAUUCCUAUCCGGAAACGUUCACGAAUCAUUUCCGCGACACCGUGGACAUACUCGUGGGUUGGCACAUCGAUUCCACGCAGCAGAAGUCGGUCGUUAUCUACGCAAGUCGGUGCUUGCAAAAGUUGCGCUCCUUCUGGAUAGCGGAUCUGCAAUUCACGCUGACGUUACUCGGACAGUUUUUGGAGGACAUGGAGAGUUAUGACGAGGAAUUGAACACACCCGACUCCGGCCGUACGUCACCCGGCGACGAUGGUUCGCCGACGCCAAGGGAGUGUAUCCUGCGAAUCACCUCGUUGAUAUCCGUCUUCAACACAGUAACGAAGAGCAUAUCCGAGCACCUAAAUCCAAACCACGAACCGAGCGUGCAGUGGUCUUUUCUAACGGAUUGUCUGUCGAAGAUGCUGAAGACCGUUGUGAAAGCGAUCGAGUUAGAAGGGGAAAACGACGUCUGGCCGAACUUCAUAUCCAAUAACAUGGGAAAUUUGAUCAAGUGCAUAAAGAGCAUCAAUUCAUCGCAGCAACACGUCGAGAUGCUCUCGAAGCACUUCAGUAAGGAUGAAAUCGCCGAGGAAAAUCUCGUCAAGAUGAUCAAGUCACUGACUAUAAAUAACAAAAAUGACAAGAGGAACUCAAAGAUAGCCUCUGAUAGAGGCACCGUGUCCAAGGAGAAGGAGCAACUGUUGAUGGACGUAUUGCGUUCGGUGGAACCGAGAGCCAAGCAGAUCGAGGACCUGUCGAAGGAGAAGGAGGAAUUGAUCGUAGUUGCGAAUGAAUGCACGUUCUUGCUCCUCGGUUACCUUCAAAGCCGCAUCGCGAAGAAUCACGAACUUCUGUACAGGUUCAUCGAUCUUCAGCUGCAGAGAGUCAAUAUUUUCUGGGAUGACACCGUUAUCUCGAUGCUGAACACAAUAUCGAAAAUAAUAAAGGAGGUGUCCGCGAAUCUGCCACUGGAGUUGGUGCACACGCUGCUCGGCAAGAAUUCGGCACUGCUGAAACUGCGAUUCCGCAAUUCUGUCGCCAUUCAAAACGCGAGUCUGGGCGUGUACCACAGCCUUCUCAGCCUGAAGAAUAUACCGCUGCUGCAGGAAUCUUACCGUUACAUACUAGCAGACCUGGAGAUCGCUUACAGACUCGUAUUAUCCGAGAUGGACAAUUUAGCCGUGGACAAUCCAUUGAACGAUUUAAGAUACAUGAAGAACGACGUUGAGACUGUGGUUGUGUUUAUACUGCGUGCGCUUUCUGAUAUAGCAAACGCGAGUAACUCGAUUAUCGGAAUGUGGGCGUUGAAGCCCAGUAUCCUGGAGCUUCUCGCAGUCAAGUUGAAACCGUAUGACACCGCAGUAGCCAUGGCCAGUCCGUUUCUGCAAUACAGCAUCUUGUAUUUGCUCUACGCACAUUGCUCCAGGUACAAUCACUUCAUUCCGAGUUCCAAUCUGAUAAUGGGCACGACCGCUUGUCGUCCGAUAGACAUGUUUCCUGGGACUUUGGAUGUGCCAACCACGUCGCCAACCAGCGGCCACUUGUCCAUAAUCCUAAAUCUGAUAGCUAAAACGUACAAUCAGAGCACGCCGGUACAGACCUUGCUUCUGUUGUCCAAGUGGAUGCAAGAAAUCUGCAUACAGUCGGAAAAUUACAUCGGUAUCUUGAGCAAAACGCAGGAGUGCCAGAACGUCAUCGCGAGUUUGAUCAACUGCGGUGCCACGACUAACAACAGGAUCGCCGUCGCGGUGUGCAGUCUCUUCGAGAUCCUGAUGACCGCGAAGAACGUGGUGUGGAAGCAAGAGAUUUACUCGAGCAUCGUGGAUCUCGCGACGUUGCAACUGAUGUCGUGUAACAAGACUGUUAAUGAGAGAUACAGCUCGCUGCUGAUGCGUAUGCCCAUUAACAUUGUUAUACCAAAGUUGAACAAAGAAUGUUUAUUCUCGGACACGAAGAAAAUUCGUGAGAUCGAGACAUACUCGAUGGAAUCAUUGACGCUCGCUCAGAGAUUGCACAUGCGGAAUAACAAUAACGGAGAAUUAUUGGCGCAACACUUCAAGACGUACAUGGCAUUCUUGCUGCAAGAACGUUAUCUCGAUGGAUCUGGCUUGUCGGAGAUCUUCACGCUGUGCUGGCCGGCUAUAUCGGAGAACGAGACUGCAGCAAGGAUGUACGAUUUGGCACUGGAGAAUUGUUCGUUCUUGUUCUUCUGGAGCGGUUUUGAAGCGGCACAACACUGCGUGCUCCACAAGCUUCGCACUUCUCUGGGGAAACCGCAGGAGACUUUUACGUCGAUCGAGAGCGCCUUGAAAAUUCUGGCGCGCGAGAUAUCGUACAACACGGACAUGGUGAAAAGGGAAAAGCAGAGCUUGGAUCAUAUCCUGCACGAGCACACGCGGGUGAGGUUGUUCAUAGAGUUCCUGGAACAUCUGGAGAGGGUGAUUCACAAUGCUGCUGAUGGUUGCGCGGUGGCACUGCUACCACUAUCAAAACCAGUCAGGACUUUCUUCCACACGAACAAGUCAACGUGCAAGGAGUGGUUGAACCGCAUACGAUUGGCGUUAUGCGUGGUCUCGUUGCACUCGGGCCUGGCGACCAGCACGUUACGAAACGGCCAAAGGUUGCUGGAAGACCUGAAUAAUGCCGAUAACACGCAGGGCAUAGAGUUCGAGAGAGCCACACUGUGGACGGCACAGGCGAUGGUCGCGCUAGGUGAAGCGGAAGCGUUACAAGGCCUUUACGUGUACACCAAGGAGAGGGACCGAAAGUUCCCGUGGUUAAAGGCGGCGAUGGAAGAAGCCGCCGGCCACUACGAGUCCGCGACUGAAGCUUACAAGCAGAUCAUCGACGAACACUUGACGCACGCCAAGUCAAGUGACGACGAGAGCAACGGAACCGGUAAAGUUGAGAGCGACAAUCAAGUGCUGAGUUUCUGCAUGCAGCGACUGGCCAAUUGUUACAAAGCGGUCAGCGAUUGGUCCGGAUUGGUGGACUGGAAGUUACAAGAAACUGACAUGCUGGCGCAAGAGAGGAACGCUGUUUUGAAGAAACAGAUCACAGAGAACAUCGUCCCGCAGCAGGCGAACUGCCUAAAGAAGUAUGAAAGCGACGAGCUGAUCAGUUUGGACGAGUUGACGAAUUGGAACAUGCUGGACGAAAUGAAGAAGAGCAACUGGAGCUGCGCGAAAACCCUGGUCGAGUGUAGCAACAGUUUGACGAACAUUGCAUUGAGACUUCGCAUUAAUGAUUUCAAGGACACGUUCGAGAGCGAUAUAGAAAAGUGCCAGAAAGUCGCAGCCAAAACAAUGCAAGAAGGUCUGCGAAAUGUGCCGUCCGAGUAUCUCAGUGAUGCAAUAUUGCUUCAGUAUUCCGCGGCGGGGCUAAAAAAUUUAAUAUGCGGUAAAAAUGAGAAGAACAUUUUUGACCUGUACAAGAUUGAUAAAAUCAAUCACAUCAACUCGAAUAUUCUAACGCAAAUCUUAUGGUGGUCCGAGUAUCUGGAUCAAGGAUACGACAGCAACUCCACGGAAGUGGACAGUCUACGACUACACGUCAUUAGAACAGCCAGGAAGGAGGGCAACUUUAAUUUAGCGAAGCGAGAGAUGAUCAAGUAUUUCAAGCUGGAGCAUAACCUGAUACAAGUGAAAGAUCCAAUCGCUUGCACCUUUACCGAAAUCACGGGCAAUUUAUUGAAUAAUUCCGUCCACGUGAAAUGGACGAAGAACAGCAUGCGCGCGUUCAGAGAAUGUUCCAAAUUGUUGUAUAACAUGGAGAACACGAAUGAGGCCUUGAAGAUGUGCUGCGUGACUGCGUUGGGCAUCUCCCAGGCGAUUGUCAACGGUGAACAGUCCACCGAUCUACGAGAGAUGGGAACGAAGCUGCUACUUACCCUGGGCAAGUGGAUGCAGCAGGACAUCAACAUGAACGACAAUCCGCAAUUGGAGGAACUGCUUCGAUUCGAGGCCGUGCACAACGACGGUUUAAUGGACAAAUUGUUCGGCGAUACGGUUGACCUAAUCCCGACAUCAGACAUGAUAAUCGGUAAAUUGAUGCAGCUCGGCGUAAAUCAAUGCCCGGAUCUGCCGCUUGCGUGGUCAAGUUUUGCCGCUUGGUGCUACAAAUGGGGUCGAAAGAUCGUCGAUAACUCCAACUCUGGCCAGUUGACCGACACCGAUCGCAUGAACAUACAAUCCCUAUUGCCGAUGGAUAUAGCCAAGGCUGAUCUCAACACCGUCUUCUCUAUACUCAGCCAGAACAAGACCAUACCGGAAGACGAGGGCGACAUAGAUACGAACGACAUAAAUACGUCCGACAUGAUAGAGAAUCAGCUGAGGAAUGUGCCGGUUUUGAGUCACGCCAGCAACGAGCAUCUCGGCAUGUUGGUCGAUAUUUGGCGGCAGGCGCAGAAGCGGAUUUACUCGUACUACGAACUAUCAGCGAACGCGUACUUCAAGUACUUGCAGCUGGCGAACAAUGAGAGCAACGAGUGCGACACUAUUACAGCGACGUUGAGGCUGCUACGACUUGUAGUUAAGCAUGCUUUGGAAUUGCAGAACGUGCUCGAAGCCGGUCUCUCGACGACGCCAACCGCGCCCUGGAAAGAGAUCAUACCGCAGUUGUUCUCGAGGCUCAGCCAUCCCGAAGCGUACGUGAGAACGCAGGUGUCCGAGCUACUCUGCCGAGUGGCGGAGAACUCGCCGCAUCUAAUCACAUUCCCCGCGGUGGUAGGUGCGGUCUCCGGCCAGAAGACUUACGAAAACAUCGUUUACGACAAGUCCAACGAUAACGACAGUUCGCAGAACGAUUUGGACUUCAACGCCGCCGAGGAAGACGCUGUGUACAACGACGAGCACGAGAGCUUCAUGGAUUCCUGUUUCUCACAACUGGUCGACUGCCUCUCGAGCCGCAUUCAGGAUUCGAUCGUCCAGGUGAAGCUGCUGGUGAAGGAGCUCAGGCGCAUCACCUUGCUGUGGGACGAAUUGUGGCUGGCGACGUUGUGCCAACACCACACGGAAAUUACCAAACGAUUCGAGCAGUUGGAGCUCGAGAUACAGCGAGUGCAAGAUAACGUCUGGCUCACGCCGGAAGAGAAGGAUAAGCUGAUCGCGGAGAAGCAUAGAAUCAUACUGAAACCGAUUACAUUCAUACUGGAAAAUCUCCUGUCGAUGACGUCUGUGCCCGCGGAGACGCCGCACGAGAAGAAUUUUCAGGAGAAGUUUGGCGCUAUCAUAGAGGAGGUGAUAAACCGCCUGAAUAAUCCCAAGAACCCGGCAAAGCCUCAAAUGGCCAGUUUGGCCCUGAAGCACCUGGAGACAAAAUUAGCGCAGCGUGUACACCGACGAGCUGCUUACUCUCUGUUAAUGACGGACAUCAGUCCCAUCCUAGCCAAUUUGAAAGACACCUGUAUCGCCAUGCCGGGCGUCGCUGCCGUCGACAACAGGAUUGUCACGAUUAUGUCGGUAGACAACAACGUUCAGAUCCUGCCGACGAAAACGAAACCCAAGAAGCUGAUAUUCCAUGGCUCCGACGGCCACGUUUACACGUACCUGUUCAAGGGGCUGGAAGAUCUACACCUGGACGAGAGAAUAAUGCAAUUCCUGAGUAUAUGUAAUACCAUGAUGUCAAAGAACAGUGAUACGAGGAUGUACAGGGCACGGCACUAUUCGGUGAUCCCGUUGGGUCCUAGAUCUGGCCUGAUUCAGUGGGUCGACGGCGUGACGCCACUGUUCGUAUUGUAUAAACGGUGGCAGCAACGCGAGUGCGCGAUGAUCAGCAAGACCGGUGGCGGCAACUCGGCGAUCAUGCGACCGUCGGAAUUGUUCUACAACAAAUUGACGCCGUUGCUGAAGGAGCGCGGGAUCGGCUUGGAGAACCGGAAGGAAUGGCCCAUUCAAGUGUUGAAGCAAGUGCUGUCUGAGCUGAUGAGCGAGACUCCAAAGGAUCUUCUGGCCAAAGAAAUUUGGUGUAACAGCAUUAACGCUGGUAGCUGGUGGCAAGCCACGAAAAACUACUCGUAUUCUGUCGCUGUGAUGUCUAUCAUUGGCUACAUCAUAGGAUUAGGCGACAGGCAUCUUGACAACGUUCUUGUCGAUCUCAACACUGGAGAAGUGGUACACAUCGAUUAUAACGUUUGCUUCGAGAAAGGGAAGACCCUACGCGUCCCGGAGAAAGUGCCGUUCCGUAUGACACCAAACAUCAAAGCGGCUUUGGGAGUAACCGGUGUCGAGGGUAUAUUUAGGUUUGCUUGCGAGCAUACUCUGAGAGUGAUGCGCAGAGGCCGCGAGACGCUCUUGACCUUGCUGGAGGCGUUCGUCUAUGAUCCUCUAGUAGACUGGCGAGCGGGCGCGGACACCAGUAUAGCGAGCUAUGGUGCGUGCCAGGCUAGAGCAAGAUGUACCGGCAUCGGCAGGAAACAGCUGGAGCAAGAACUCACACGUGCGAUGUUCGCUGUGAGAACGGCGGAAAUGCGCACGGAGUGGUUGACAAAUCGAGAUGAAUUGGCCAGAAGCUUUCCGCUGUUGUGUCAUCACUUGAAUUGCUGGAUCGAGGCGACCGAAGCCGCGCGUCAGUGCCAAGAUUUAUUGCAAGACCGACAUCAACAAUUGGCUUUGGUGAAAGAGGCGCAGGCGAUGGGUCGGAAUCACGUCCUGUAUUCCGUCGUGAAGCGAUACAACGCAUUCAAACGAGCGCGAGACGCUCACGAGAAAGCGAAGGCCGGCUUGAAGGAGAAGAUAGACGAGUGCGAAAAGCAGAUUAACAUGCAUAACAUCGCGUUGGCUACAGUACGCGGACCCCAACUGGGACAGUGGCUGACGGAACUGGGAAGUUCUUCGAGUCAAAAGGACCAUGUGGUGUUCGAUCUCGUGAAGGAGUUCUUACAGAACGCCGGUCAGAGUCAGAUGAUAUUGCAGUGCGAGCAGUCGGAGAACGAAUUAACGCAACUGGCCAACCAGCAGUCCAUCUUCAUCAGCAACUGUUUGGACCUCCUGAGCCAGUAUUCCGCCAUAUGCAGCCUGUAUCCCCUCAGCACCCUGUCGCAACAUCGCACCAUGCUGUAUCACACGUGGGCGAAUAAAUUGCUGACCUCUGGCACCGUCGAGGCGUGUCACGAGGUGAUGGCGCAGCUCGAAACGAAUCUGGAGCUCGUCAAUCCGAACAAUCCUCAAGUCCAGCAGAUAAUAACGUUCUCGUAUCAGAUGCAAGCGAUUUUAAAUGAGUCGAACGAGAGGUACAAGAAAGCAUACGAAAGAGUGGUGUCUGAGGGUCUACCGGAGGCCGGAAAUAGGAUCGAGAAGGCGUACACCGAGUCGAGGACUCAGAUCACGGCGUUCCUGCGGCGAGAGAAAGGCGCGGAGAGAGCGCUCGAGUGCGUAAAUAUCAGUGCACUGUGCGCGCUGAAUAAACGAUACCUGAUGAUGGAAGGCGCUGCAAAGUGCGCCGGAGACUGCCUGGUAGACCUGACGUCCCGCGAGGGUGACUGGUUCCUGGAUGAGAUGCGGUUGAUGUCGUCGCUGAUUGCCGAACUGGUGACGCUUAUACCGGAGAAUCACAAGACGAAUAACGAUCCGAAGAUCUCGCUGAUACUCAAGUGUCUAAAGAGCGCCGACUGCAUCUACAAAGGCCUGCAGGAGCUCAACUAUAACUUCCAGACCAUCAUACUGCCGGAGGCGAUGAAGACCAUCAUCACGGAGGAGCCGAGCGUCAUGCGGAUGAUAAGCGAGCUCAACGAGAUAAUAAUACUCACUGGGAUACCCCUCGAUCAGCUUCUGACGCAGCUCGAGAUACACCUUCGAUUCACCGUGAUGGAAAUGGAGAGUCCUCACAUUAUGGUGCAGGGUAUAGUGGCCAACAUGAGAUUGCGAUUUGAAACGUUACUGUCGCGACCGGCGGAGGUUCAGGACCUGAAUCAAGAGGAAACCUUGACGCCCGGUCAGAUGUUGCUGAUGGGUUUCAACGGCUUGUUCGAGAAAUUACAGAUGGAGGGUAACGCGCUGGUGACCACGCUGAGCUCACUGGACAUCUCGGUAAACUGGAAGAAGAUCGAUCAGAUACGCGAGGCGAAAGAGAUGUCAGCACCCAUCUUCAACAAGGCUGCCCGACAGGUCUUGGAAGACAUCUUUCUGAUCAAGAGGCUGCACACCAUACGAGAGUUCUUUAUGAUGUGCAGAGACAUUGCCACUGCGUUCAAGGGCGGACUGGCGAACGUGUACGACGACGAGCAGCUGAAUAAACCUGUUCGAGUGUUCACAGCCGAUUAUGUUUCAAGACAGUUGCUCGGGGUGACGUCGCAGACGUUGGCGAUUGCCCUGUGCUUCCUACUGCAGCGAAUGGGCCUGAAUGUAACUACCGAGAUCGAGCAGAGAGACAUCGGAGCGGAGAGCAAAGUCUCGCUGGAGGAGUUGUGCAGAAAGACCGUGGAUCUAGGCCUGAAAAGAGGAUUGUUCUCAGGCUCGGUCCUGGCUCAAGCAGGUGUACUUAGCAGUACGUUGGAAAGCGCCUGGCGGCGAAAACAGGGGGCCAGGUUGGCGCAACAGAACGUCGAAGUGGCCAGGGCCAGUGUGCAGAGAUUGCAGCUUCAGUUAAUGGCCCAUCGUUGGCUGCACGAAGAUAUUAUAAUGCCGAGGAUGAAUUUGAAUCCGAUGAAUCCGAUGAAUCCAAUGAAUCGUCUGAAUCGGUCUACCUUUAUGCUGGAAUUACGGAAAACGGCGGCGACACUGUCGAGUUUGCAGUCACGGGUGUGCGAAGUACGCGAGCAACAGCAGAAUCUCGUGUCGAGUGCUACGCAACGUCUGAAAUGGGCUGCUGGCGCUAAUCCAGCGCUAGGCGAGGUAAUGUCCGCGUUCGACAACGCGGUCCUCUCGUCGUGCGAGAAGCUGACGAGGCAGCACAAUCUUGCGGCGAUGGUGGUGAGCACGUGCAACUCUAUACUGCACUACGAGGCUCUGAGAACUAAAACGUCGGAGAGCGUAACGCACGACACGAAUUUCGUCAAGCUGGUAAAGCACUGGGAGGAGAGCUGUGUACUGACAAUCAACCUGAACAUCACCGUCACAAUGAUAGAAGAGAGCCUUGUACAGCUGCUGCAAUUGGAGAACAACGUGGACGCCAACUGGCUGAAGCAGGCCGAGAAGAUCGUGUCCGAGGCGAUAGUCGACACGCAGAAGAAGCUGCAGGAGAAACAGGAGGCGCUGUUUACGGCCGAGGACUACUUGAGGGAGCGAGUAACGAAUCUUCAGAACGUGCUGACGGAGCACCAUCGACUGAUGUCAGAUGUUCGCGUGUUGUUGAAGACGAUGGCGAAGCAAGAGAACAUUGUCGGUCUGCAGGACUACCUGUCCGCUUAUCGUUCCUUCACGGAAAGCAUAUCGGCGAUGGUGAAGGAACUGGAAUCCGAAAACUUCGAAUCAACCCGCGGUGUGGCGAUCAAGGACGAACUGGAGGCAAUGGCGAUCAAGGUGCCGGGCUUGUACAACGAGCUGUUGGAGUUUGCGAGCGAGCAGAAGUUGAGCCCGCCGGAGAAGCCAGACGGUCUGCCGAAGAAGAAGGGCAAGCUGAUGCGGCAGGACAGCGUGUGCAUGAGUCCGAGGAAGGGGGUACCGUUGACCAGAGAUCCGACCACAGGCAAAGCUGUGCAAGAACGCAACGCCUACGCGUUGAACGUAUGGCGUCGCGUACGUAUGAAGCUGGAGGGCCGCGACCCGCAACCAUCGCGCAAGUACACAACGGCCGAACAGGUGGAAUACGUGAUACGCGAGGCGCAGAGCACCGACAAUCUAGCUCUACUCUAUGAGGGCUGGACACCGUGGGUUUGAACGGACGGCGGCUGGCGUCUGUGCGCCCCGAUGGUUCGGCAUUCGUUUCACACGGUACUCAAACUCGUACCGUUACGUCUACGUCGCUCUAUGUCGCCGUAGGAUGCAACACGCUCCGCCCUAAAUACAGGUGGCGAAGUGUCCGGCAAAAACGUCAUCCGGGAAAUAAGUCAAUAGGAAAACGAGCUGGUUUUCAGGUCGAUCGUGGAUCGAUCACUUCGGCGCGACAACUGAAAACCCACUGUGCUGAGUGCUGAUUCUAUAGUUGUCUCAGAAACGAGGCUGGCGUGCGGUCUGUUUAUGGGUUUAAGGGUAAACGAAUGUCUUUCUUUUUUUCUUCGAGGGAAACGCGAAUCGUAUGUAUGGUAUGUAUCGUAAACGCGGAUUAGUGUACGGGAUAUUAAAAAAAAACAAAUGUUAUCUUCUUAGAAGCCACGAAUUUUUGGGAGAAACAUAGAAUCGGCUAUGUUCUUACGCUAACGGUGUAGUCGCGAGAAAUUCGGCGAAAAGAUAUUGACGGGAAGAGUCCGAUGACAAUGAUGAAAUAUCUCUAAAUGACUUUCGUAAUAACGAUCGUGCUACCGAAGACGAUAGCCGGCGCAGCCGCGCGACGCUGUCGUAUCAGGUAAAAAUGCAUGGCGCUUUAAUCGAGGUCAUCCUUAAUCUGAAUCGGCUUGUGCCGACGUAACGUUAUAUUUUAAGUAUAUGUACGUGGAUACCGUAAAUGCAGGCACGUUAAUUCGACGAUUCAUUCGAUAUCAUUCGAUUCAGAGACCGCAGGUACAAUUAUUGCAAUAUUAUCUUUUAACAUGGUGGAAAACAAGAUUAGACAUCUGCGACAUAACAGGAGUACGCUAUUAUUGUUGAGUUGUAUGCAAUUCAAUAUCGGAAUCGACGCAUACACGUACAUCAAGCAAAUACAUUCACACACAUGCAUAACGCACAAAAAAAACAUAGGAACAUACGUACGCAUAUGCGCGCGAAUGCAUGUAUUUAGAAAAUUUAUACCUCGGGAAAUAAUCGCGAUUAUCAUUAAUUAACAAGACAAAAUUUCUUGCAAUAAACAAGCAUAGUUUUAAAAACUGCUACGUCGAUUCGAUUUGAUUUUUAAUAAUUCUGAGCGGAAAACAUCGGCAUUCUACACGUUCUCGUUACUCUUUGGCAUAUUUCGUUGAGUAAUUCUUCGAAAUACUUAAAUAACGCUGUCGCAAAAAUGAGCACUUUCUCAUUCUCAUUGCAAGAGUAAUAACGAAGCCUAUUUCUUUCAAAUAUAUCAAGUCUCUUCCGCAAAUUUCACUUGGUUAUGAUUAGAAUCAUAUUGAUCGGAUAUCGUAAAAGUUCAAUUAAUUUUAAGUAAUUGAAUAUUAUAUGUGUCGAUAAUUUGUUACAAAAGCAAAGAUCAAAUUGAGCAAUGCAAUUCCUUUUAAACGCACUAUAAAAUUUUGUAUACGGCCAUACGAUUUUUACUUCCAGAAAUUACUUCUGAUAACAUAGGCUGCAGUCCAGUUGACGUUCAGUCCAAAUUCUUCAAAACGCUUCCUAUAUUUUUCCUUCUCUCAAGAAGAAGGAAAGAAAAUGCUUUAAAGUAUUUGGAACAUUAAUUGGACUACGGUCAUAGAAACAUACUUUAUACAACGAACGACUACAAGUUUGACGUAGACAGAUUUUAUUUGUGUAAACUCGGAAAAAAGAAAGAAUUGAUUACACUUACACUUAACAUCACGUAAUUUCGUGCAAUGUAAAACUCCUACUAUAUUACUUGAUGCAAUGCUGGAACUAAUAAGACAAACUGGAGACG